AUGAUCGAUAGAUCGUCUUGUGUUAAUAGUGUCUUUUCAAAACCCGAUAUGGAAUCCUUGGAAGAUGCUUUCACAAUCAGUAUUUUGGCACUUCCUUAUCCUAUUAUAGCCAGAAUUUUAUACGAAUGCUGGAAAGAAAGGUACAAGGUUUGUCUGAUUUUACCCAUAAUAUACACCUGCAAACAAUUAUACUACGGGUACAAAUAUAUGCUAUAUACGCUAAGACCAUUGGUGAUAAUCAACAAGAGUACUAAAACCACUGACAAAGACUGUAUUCUGUGUUCUGCUUUCAUAAAGUUGCUACAGGACAGCAGAAUAUGUCAAAAGUUGGAUACACUAUGCUUGAAUUUUUCUCCAGCAAUGUUCAAUAACAAGCUGAUACUAUCCAUAGUAACUAAGUUAAACCAGUUCAGCAAUUUGACACACCUUAUAAUUAACGUCAAAUCAAUAGAAUGGCUAGUUCGAUGGAUAAAACAUUUUCCCACAACAAUCACAAUUUUAAAAAUUACGUUAAUAAAACAUGCUGUGUCAUCGUCCUUAUCACUUAAUACUGAGAGCUUUAGCAUUCCCAAGUUUCAAUUGAAACAGUUGAAAUUCCAAUCGUUGGUGCCUUUGCAAAAAAAAAAUUUGCGUUAUGGCUUGAAUAUGAUCUCCCCAGCACCAGCAUCCACCUAUACGUCACAAACGUUACAGGAAAGACAUAAAUACAAAUUGCCGCUGUUUCAAACUGGGCAAGUUUUAGCUAAUUUGAUUCAUGCAAAUCGUGAGUCGUUGAAAUUUAUGGAGUUGGAGAUGAUCAAUCUAAAUGAAAUAUGCCUAAUAUUACAACAGCAAUAUGGAUUCAACAAUCAAUGCAGUAAAUACUUUACAGCACUAAAUCUUAUUAAAGUGGAUCAAUGCACAGACUAUCCAAUUAUACAAUUGACUCAUUGGUUAAAGAAUUGUAAACAAAUCAUCUAUCUUAACCACUUCUUAUCAACAUUUGUUGUCCUCCAGCAAAAUUCAUCAAAUAAUGGAAUAAAAGAAUUCAAAUACCAUAUGUCUUUAUUCAAGUAUAAGAUGCAGAAAUACAAACAGGAGAUUAAGUCUAAUUGA